GCCCAACCUCCCUUUCCUCUGUAUCCUGGCGAAGAGCUUGUGAAGGAGGUUACCCCCCUUACUGUUCUUUCCGCAAAUGCGGCCCUCCUGCUUUCUGCCUUGGUUGACUUCCAAUCCGAGGAUGGUGUUGAUCGCAUAGCUGGUGAAAGGUGGCUUCACGAAGGCCCCGGCAUUUACAAACCACGUAAGGAGGUCGAAGUGCUUUCGACGCGAAAAGUCGAAAUGAUCAAACCAAACACAGCACUUUUAUUGCGCGCCAUGAUGGAUUUCACCGGGAAAGACGGAAAAAAGCGCGUGUAUGGUGAGGAGUGGCUAGUAAAGUCUGUUGGUGCAUAUAUGAUUGGAGCCUACGAAGAACGUGUCAACGUUCUUAAAGCCUAUAAUUUGGAUGAGAAGUUCGCUCUCCACGUCAAAGCGAAACGAACUCAUGUGGACGACUUUGGCAAGCGCAGACGACAUGGAGAGGAAUGGCUGAUUACGCAUUUAGACGCAGAAAGCCAUAUCCCCAGCGUGGAUGAGGAAGUAGUUAAGGUGGUAUCACCCAUUGUUCUUUCUUCGAACAACUUCUGUGUCAUUUAUGAUCCAGUUGACGACAAAGGCGUUCCGAAAAUUGGCAAGAAAGUUCUCAUCAAGGGCGAAAAAGUCUUUUUCUUAAUGCCCGGAGAGCGUUUGGAUGCUGGAAUAAGUGACGUCAUUGUACUUGGCCAAAAUGAGGGCAUCAUUCUUCGUGCCAUGGAAUCUUUCCAAGACGGAAAUACUGAUGAAGAACUUUGGCCGAAGAAGCUUUCGCCGGCAGUCGAGCAAAUACUCAGAGCCAACAAAGAUCCUCAGGGUGAAAGAGCUGAAAUGCGAAAAAUGGCAAGCACGGGAGAGGAAUCGUGGGAUCCCACACGGGUUAUAAGUUAUCGCGUGCCACAUAACGCCGCUGUCCAGAUCUACGACUACAAGGGCAAGAAGUCACGUGUGGUGUUUGGCCCCGAGCGAGUCAUGCUUGGACCGGACGAGGAGUUCACCCUCCUCAGCCUCAGUGGUGGCAGGCCAAAACGAACCAACAUGAUUAAGACCAUCUGCUUGCUGUUGGGUCCUGACUUCUGCACUGACGUUCUGGUUGUGGAAACCGCUGACCAUGCCCGUCUCUCAAUUCAACUCUCCUACAAUUGGCAGUUUGAAAUCUCGGCCAACCCGACACAGGAGGAUGCAACUAAACUGUUUGCUCAACCAGACUUUGUAGGUGAUUUCUGCAAAGCCAUUGCAGCGCGCGUGCGUGGCAUUGUGGCCUCAGUCAACUUUGACAGAUUCCACAAGAAGUCUGUUCAGCUGGCGAUUGAGAUCACGAGCAAUUCUCAAGAGGCCGCCGCCAGACAGGAGGCUGAGCGACUGGAUCAGGAAGCUCGCGGGAAGCUAGAACGCCAGCGUAUUGACGAUGAGGCAAGGGCUGAGGAGGCCCGACGUGGUCUGCUGGAACUACAGGUGCAAUUGGCUGCUCUGGAGAGCACCGGUCAGGCCAAGGCAGAAGCUCAAAGUCGUGUGGAUGCCGCUUUUAUUACCACUCAGGCGGAGGUGGAAAAGGCCAAACUGGAGGCUGAAGCGGAGAAGAUUAGAACUGACGCGGAGCUGGAACGUUUGAAGCUGGCCCGUGAGGCGGAGUUGGAUUAUCUACAAACGAAGGACCAACUGAACCUCAACUGCAAACAACAGGAUGUGGAGAUUGAGACGGCCUACUUCCUCAAGCGCGUUGGAGCCUUGGGCGCAGAGAAUCUGCGUCAUAUUGCCUGCGCCGGAUCAGAGCGUGAUGUGCGCAUGUUACGUGCUCUCAACCUACAGAGCACCCUCAUUACAGACGGCCGGUCGCCAGUGAACCUGUUGGACGCCACCUCGGGUUUGAUUGGUCAGGCCAGGAGUACCGUUCACGUCCGCCAGCUCGAGACUGCUGCGCCAGACCCCACCACAGAGGACGAUACUUAG